UUGGUGCUGUCUCCGCCCCCCUCUUGCUCCACGCCGGUCCCCCGGGAGCUCCAGAGCCCCGGACCCCGGGAGAAGGAGCUCUCCACCGGGACAGAGGAGCCAUAAAGAGCCGGGGAGGGAGGGGGAUGAGAUUUCUCGCUGCCCAAUCCCCCUGCUCCCCCGGGAGCAGCAGCCUUCCUCGGCCCGGCCCUCCCUCUUGUUUGCUAAUCAUUUCAUUUUACUCCUUUUUGAAGCGCUGGCGUGUUUUUUUAUCCCACUUUUCAUUUCUCCACACUCCGCGGCGGCUCGCCUCCCUCUGAUCCCCGGCUCUCCGCGCUCCGUCCUCCCGGCGUCAGGCUCUCCGGAUCCCGGCUGAUUGUGCUCCGUGUUCUCCCGGCUCCUCUGAGAUGCUCUCCCCGCUCUGCGCGCCUCUCUCCGCCCUCUUUUAACUUCACACAGCCCGGGCAGCUGCAGCUGCUGAGCCGGGUGCUGGGAUCUAAAACAAGCCCGGAGAAACCCAGAGGGAUCCGGGGCUCUUCUCUGGAUCAGGACCCGGUACUUUUGGGGGAAGCUCGCUCGCUCUCUCGCUCGUGUCCUCCCUCCUCCCCUCCUUCCUCCUCCUCAUCGCUCCUCUUCUCUCCACCUUAAUCCAGGUGGUCCUUUGGCUUCUUUGAGUGGCUGGUACAGGGAGGAUUAUUCUUCUUUCUUUCUUGUUUCUGGUGAAGACCAAGCUCCCAGAAGGACACUUUGAUGUUCUCCAUCCAGGACAGCCUCCCCCGGGGGGCCCUGACCAUGAAGGAGGAGCCGCUCCCCACCGGCAUGACCCCGGUCCGCUCCUGGAUGCAGGGCGCGGGGAUUUUGGACGCCAACACAGCGGCCCAGAGCGGCGUGGGUUUAGCCCGAGCUCACUUCGAGAAGCAGCCGCCGUCCAACCUGAGGAAGUCCAACUUCUUCCACUUCGUGCUGGCGCUGUACGACCGGCAGGGUCAGCCGGUCGAGAUCGAGAGGACUUCCUACGUAGACUUUGUGGAGAAAGACAAGGAGUAUAACGGAGAGAAGACCAAUAACGGGAUUCAUUACAGACUACAGCUCCUCUACAGCAACGGCAUCAGGACAGAACAGGACCUGUACGUCCGACUCAUAGACUCCAUGACCAAACAGUCAUAUCACCCCUCCCCGCUGUCGGCCCUGUCGGCAUGUCACCGAUCGAUGUACCAAGCGGCUCCUCGACAAAGCGUCAGCCGCGGAGACGGAUCGAUAGGCCCUAAUGUGGCGCAGCGACGGCACACUGGAGACAAUAAUCCUGACACCUCCUCCAUGACACCCCCACCUCCAACACACACCUGCGGAAAUCGCAAUGAGACGCCUGACCCCGUCAUCAUCGACAGGUUCUUCCUCAAGUUCUUCCUCAAGUGCAAUCAGAACUGUUUGAAAAAUGCAGGGAACCCUCGAGACAUGCGGAGGUUCCAGGUGGUGGUUUCCACUACAGUCAACGUGGACGGUCACGUGCUGGCCGUGUCCGACAACAUGUUCGUCCACAACAACUCCAAACAUGGCCGCCGUGCCCGACGCCUGGACCCCUCUGAAGCCACGCCAUGCAUCAAAGCCAUCAGCCCGAGCGAAGGCUGGACGACCGGCGGAGCCACUGUCAUCCUCAUUGGGGACAACUUCUUCGACGGGUUGCAGGUCGUGUUCGGCACUAUGCUGGUCUGGAGCGAGCUCAUCACCCCUCACGCCAUCCGGGUCCAGACUCCCCCUCGUCACAUCCCCGGGGUCGUCGAGGUCACGCUGUCCUACAAAUCCAAACAGUUCUGCAAAGGAGCGCCGGGUCGCUUCGUCUACACCGCCUUGAACGAGCCGACCAUCGACUACGGCUUCCAGCGGUUACAGAAGGUCAUCCCUCGCCACCCCGGAGACCCCGAGAGGUUACCUAAGGAGGUGCUGUUGAAGCGAGCAGCUGACCUGGUCGAAGCUCUUUACGGGAUGCCGCACAACAACCAGGUGAGAAUCAUCUGAAGACGGUCUGGCUGACCUCACCGAGGCGCCUACAGCACGUCCCCCCCCCGCAGUCACAACCAGCUGCCGUCUCUGACCGGCUCAGCCGCCCUCACUCAGUCGGGGAUGAUGGGCGUGAACUCGUUCAGCAGAUGUCAGCUCGCCGUGAACAUCUCCCGAGUGUCCCAGUCUAACAGUGAACACAGUUACUCCCGUAACUCGAACAGUGUGUCUCCUCGCGGCUACGUGCCAAGCUCUACGCCCCAGCAGUCCAACUACAACACCAUCACAUCCACCAUGAACGGAUACGGAGCCGGGAUGACCAACCUGGGCGUACCCGGAUCCCCGAGCUUCCUCAACGGCUCCACCAACUCCGCUUACGCAAUCAAACAGAAGAGCGCCUUCGCCCCCGUCGUGCGGCCACAGACCUCCCCGCCCCCCACCUGCACCACCACCAAUGGCAGCAACCUCCAGGCCAUGGCAGGUCUCAUCGUCCCGCCCAUGUGAGGAGGAUCCUCAGCCGGACGCCGUCAGACCCCGCCCCCUGAACGCUGAUGGCCCCGCCCACCUGAAACACAGCAACAGCAGAAAAAAUCCUUCCCAUCAUCCCCCGGGCCGACCCAGAAUCCACCGCUUCAUCGUUUAAUCCGCCGCCAGGCGACCCCGUCCUCGUGUCCGCUGAUGGCUGAAGCCACCGCAGGAACAGGAAGUGUCUCUGCCUGAGGCCGCCGCCCUCACAGGAGGUCGAAGGUCAGCGCCGUGAAGCGUGGACUGUGGGUAGGAGGGCGGUCGUCUGCGGUACGACAAGUCGUGAGUGUCGCUGAUGUGAAACGGACCGAACAGGUCUCGGAUCAGAACCACUGUGAGACAGGAAGGAGGCGUGUCCACCGCGAGCUUCUGUCCGCCGCUAUGACAUCAGAGAAAGACUCGAUCUCAUUGGAUGAUUACAUCACAUAAAAAAUAAUAAAUGAACGUUAACGUCCAUUUAUUAUUUUUCAUACGAACCAGAAAAUUAGACGUGACGUCUAAAAAAGAACUCCAUUCAAACUGAAUAUCAGAAUUUAAUUUAUCUAUGAAACAUUUAAAAUAAUAAAUCUAUAAAUUCUAAAUAUAUAUGAUGAUACGUCUGAAAUGUGAUGAUUUCAUCAUUAUUGUUAAAUUAAAUGAAGACACGAUGAGUCUAAUGAACUUUGGCCGUCGUGUGAAUUUGUGGUUUUAAAGUUACAAAUUUGUAAUUUGAAUAUUUUAAAAUAAUAAUAAACCGUCAACCCUGUGGGCGGUUCUUGGUGGAUCAGAAGCUCUCGGUGGACCCUGAACCUGAACCUGAACGGACCGAGUCCACAAAAAAAUCUAACUUCAAGCUUUUGUUUUUUCAAACCUGGAAAAUAAAAACUGUCAGACGGUUUCCAGGUUUGACUUUUUCCAAUCAGAAAACCCAAAAACCCGUCGAGCCCCUCAGAGAGGAGCAGCGCGAUGAAGAUCGCGUCCCCGCGUUUUCCUUCGUGUACGAUAGCUUUGAACAACGUGUUGAACAAACGGAGGAAGAGGAGCGGACGUGACACCGACGUCUGUCCACACGAACUUUUCUUUCUUUCAUUUCAGUUUCUCUUUCUGUUGUUUUGUUUUUUGGUUCGUCUCCGUUAUGUUACGUCACGUUACGUUAGUUGAGUUUGGCCGGCGUGUCGAGUGAUUAGAUUUUAACCAGAAAAAGCUUGCAGCAGUUUUAAUCACAUUUAGGUACCAGAUUUUCUUGUUAUUCUUCUGAUUGUGCUUAUUUUAUAUGUAUUUAUAAAGUAUGUUUUGGGGAUUUGUGAUUUAGGCCUGAAUGAUAGUCUCAAAUAUAUACGUAAACACAUUUGAUGUCUUAAUACCUUUUAGAUAUUGUAAAAAGAGUGAACAAGUGAGAGGAAUUAACCCUUUUUGUAAAGACAAAACAACGUCACGACGUGGUCACCCGACGUAAAAAAACGCUUUCAUCACUUUUGUAUAAAAAUGCUUUUCCGAUACGAUAUUUAACUUUUUGUAAACAGCAUCGUUUGUGUUCCCCUGGUUCUUCUUCUUCUUCUUCUUCUUCUCGUCCUUUGUGUAUUAUUGUGAAAUGUAUAAUCAUGGUUAUUUCUUAAUGCACUAUUUUUGUUGGGGCACUUAAUAAAGAGCAAUGCAUCUUAGUGAAAAAGAAAAAAAAAGCUAAAAGUCUAAAAAACAGAAAAAGAAUGAUAUGCACCGAUAUGUUUUCUGACAGAAAUCCUUGUCAUGUGAAAUUUUUAUAUUUCAAAGCUUAUAUCGUCAUAAUAUUCCUCCACUCUUCCUUUGAAACCAAGCGUAUCUCUUGGUUUGUUUCGGUGUUUAGAAGACGAUGAUAUUUUAUCCAUCUUAAUAUUAGAGCCGACCCUCGUCUUUGUGUUUUCUGGUGAGAAUGAUCGUACGAUUUAAAAACAGGAAGCAGAUUUUAAAACCACUCCGAUGAUCGUCAUAAAAAUAGUAAUGUUUUUUUUUGGGUCACUGAUCUCAAGGGAAACUUCCAUCGAUGUUGGUGUUGUUGUUUGAUGGUGCUGUUCUUGUCGUCGCACACAAUCUGGAUCAUUUAAACUUAUGCAACUGUGUUCCUGUCCCGUAACGCGAGCGCGUCUUCAGAGCAGCCGCGGAAAUGUUUGGAAAAUUAAAAACGUCGUGUUUCUACGCCUUACGCUUCGACACAAAGUCUUGGUUUAGGAUGGUUUGACGAGCUUCUCUCCAGUCAAACUGUGAGAAUCUGUUUUGUUGCUUCAUUAGCACUGACGAGGUUACGUUAGCAGUUAGCCUACGUUAGCCUUUCGCUUAGCGAGACCUAACAGGAAGUGCACCUCAUUUACUGACGACAAAAAGAAGUUAUGUUGUUGUUAUUCUACGUAAUUAUAAUUUAGCAUCUCGUGAUCUCGAGAAAUUACGAUGAAAUCGUUACGUAAAUCAAAUGCCGCGGAUCUUCAAAUCAAAAGUUAUAAACUUGUUAUAAUUCUCUUUAAUGAGCUAACAGCGUUUACAUUAACACACUGAAGCUGUGUCUCAGUUCGUGUACUGUGUGUACUUGCUCGGACUCGUCUCAUUUCAGCAGCUUGUGUUGUGGCGAUUGCAACAUUUUACCUCUUUCAUUAAAUUGCAACCUCCGACAUCUGACCUCCAAAAUCUAAAUAAAUAAAACAUAUGUACAGCUUACAUCUGUAUAUCGCGUGUUCUCCGUAACCUGCAGCUUUUUUCCACAUUAUAGGUAAAACAUCAUUUUUGGAACAGCAGGUCGCAGUAAGAAUAACGGGAUGUCGGACAAAUGGGCUUUCAGUCCCGUGCGUCAUUUUUCCGACUUUAAUAAAAUGAGGCGAGGAGCACGUGACGGAUACGUGGAAACCUCAGCGCUCUGAAGGAACAGCCUGUUAUCACUGUGCGUGUUCAUCAUGUAUGUAACUAACAUAGUUAUUUUAACCAGACCAAGUAGUUUGUUGGCUAAACAAACAUUAACCAUGUCUUUAUUGUUGUUAUCAUUUUAUUAUAUUCAUAUUAACAAUAUGUCAUAUUACUGUCAUUAACGAGGCACAACGCCGCCGUCACUCCCUUCAGCUACGUGAACAAAAUCAAAGUGUUGAAGUACGAGGGCUGAGACACAGCGAGUGUAACGUUUAAAUAAAGCGCGUACCGUCCCUUUAACUCAAAUCAAAUCACCUGAGGCAGGAAGAUUUCUGACUUUAUGCAAACUCAGCAGGACGGACCUCACCCGCCACCGCCGCGUUGGCUCGUGGGUAAUGAAACCUGCAGAGCGAACACGUCGUGUCAGUCCGUCAUCGUCCGUCCGUCGUUCAGCUCGCUCGGUUCUUUUUGGUUUUUUGGUCACAGUUGUAGAAAGUUCGGCUUCUCACCGUCCUGGUUUAAAAACUGCAAAGUAUACUUCUUUUUUCGAUGUUUUACUUCAAUGUGAAAGAGGGCAGAGGUACUGCAUCUUUGUGAAAUAUGAAAUAUAUCAUCAAAGUAUAUCAAAGCACAAUGUUUAAUUAAUGUCUUUAGAGUACAGCCGGACCCACAGACGGCCCGGCGUCUUUCUUUCUGUCUCUGGCCACGCUGUAAAUAGAUGCAUGUUUUUUGUUCCUUUGUUUUUUUCCUGUGAUCCAGUGAUUUUUGUACAGAAACAGUCUAAUAAAGAUACAUUUGGCUUGAA